AUGGAAAUAUACUUGAACUAUUUUUGUUGUUUUCCAGUGGAUCAGAUGGGAAGAUGGGUCGUUGCUGGGGGUGCUGUCGUAGGGCUUGGUGCCCUUUGUUACUAUGGAUUGGGAAUGUCUAAUGAGGUUGGAGCCAUUGAAAAAGCCGUUAUUUGGCCACAGUAUGUGAAAGACAGAAUUCGUUCCACCUAUCUGUACUUUGGGGGAAGUGUUGGUUUGACUGCCUUGUCUGCGGUACUUGUCAGUAGAUCUCCUGCCCUGAUGAGUAUGAUGACAAGAGGUUCCUGGCUGGCAAUAGGAGCAACCUUUGCAGCAAUGAUUGGAGCUGGAAUGUUGGUUAGAUCAAUAGAUUAUGAACAAAGUCCUGUCCCUAAACAUCUGGCUUGGAUGCUACAUGCAGGUGUUAUGGGUGCUGUGGUGGCUCCUCUGACUCUCCUGGGUGGCCCCUUGCUCAUUCGAGCUGCUUGGUAUACAGCAGGUAUUGUAGGUGGGCUCUCGACUGUGGCCAUGUGUGCACCAAGUGAGAAGUUUCUGAACAUGGGAGCACCUCUGGGAAUUGGAUUUGGCUUUGUGCUUGCAUCCUCCAUUGGAUCAAUGUUCUUGCCACCCACAUCUGCAUUGGGUGCUGGCCUCUAUUCCGUUGCUGUGUAUGGUGGAUUAGUACUUUUUAGUUUGUUCCUGCUUUAUGAUACUCAGAAGGUUAUAAAACGUGCAGAGACUCAACCACUGUAUGGUUUGGGAAUACAGAAGUAUGAUCCCAUCAACUCGUGCAUGGGUAUUUACAUGGAUACUCUCAACAUCUUCAUCAGAGUGGCUACCAUGCUUGCAACUGGUGGUGGCGGCAGAAGGAAAUAGAUGGCAGCUUCCUUAGCAGGCUGUAUCAGCAGAUCAUCAGACACUUUGGCUUGUCUGCUUAGUGCAUAAUAUUAAAUAAAACCACUGUUGUGUACAAGCAGCUGAUGUAGAAGUCAAAUACUCUGACCAUUUCAACAGGAUCUUUAUUUUCAGUAUAAUGUUGACUUGGUGUUCUGUGUAAUUAAAAAAAACAGUCGAGUGGAAACAAAAUUGCUAGGUACCAUUCAACACUUCUCCCUAUUUUUUGAAAUGGAAAAGAAAUUCAUUUCAAUAUGUAUAUUUAUAGCAGGUGUAAAGUUUCUUUCCUUCUCAAAAAAGAAAAGAAAAAGAAAGGACAUGGCUCUUUUAUGACAUGCUGCAGUUUUGCUUUAUAUAUAGAACCAGCAUGAUUGUGCACAAUGCUUAAGCCAAUGUGAAUUUUAGGAGAUGACUAUACAAAAUGUGGGCAUCUAAUUGCACUAAAGUACACAACAUAUUGAUAACACCUAAAUAUAGCCCCAGUGCCUUGAUUGGUCACGAAGAGAAAUGAAGAAUGGGACCUCCCAAACAAUGGCUGUUAAUCUACAUCGCCCCCUCUCGGCCACAUUUCAGCAGAAGACCGAGGAAUUAUCUAGGUAGUUACCCAACAGUUGUGAUUGUAAAGCCUAGGUAAAUUGAUAGGGGAGAGGACUAUUUGAAUAGCGUGCAAAAGAAAAGAAAUCAAUGUGGGAACUUCAGACCUCUGAUUUUCCUUGAGCUACAUUGGGAUACAAUCUUCUUUUUGAAACGUAAUUUCCUGUCUGUUACCAAUUUAAUACUGCUGCAUUCAAGUGGCAGUUUCUUUAGAUCUUACUGGGGAAAAAAGAAAUCACCCUCAUUUCCAAAUAUUAAGUUAAUUUGCCUUUCCCUUGAAUUUUACAAGGACACUUGUGGAAUGGUAAUGGUAAUAUUUUAAUAACCUGGAGAAAUGAGUUUAUGUAAAUUCAUCAGGUAAAAUAAAUGUUACUUUGCACUUGAAUGCUGUGGUAUUCAUCUGUCUUUCUUCCAUCAUACCAUUCUGUUUGUGUCAGUUUCUGAAACAAUAAAAGUUGAAGCCCACCAUUUAA